AUGGAGCUCGACCAUGAGAUGGAGAUCGUGGACGACGAGUACAUGGUCGUCGACGAUGAGGACACCACGGACGCAGAUGACGAUGUUCAACCAAUGGGGGACCAGCGCGAAGAUAUUUCUGCGUCUCUUCCGUGCCUGAGACCACGACUAUACAGGAGGCUGAAAACAACACCCCUGCCGCCAGCUAGUACGCUUCCUUCCCCGGCCGUCAUUGAGGCCGUCAUGGGUGUUGAGCCGCUGGAGGCUGCCGUCGCGGCUGAACAGCCACGGACCACCGUCGUCGAUGAAGAGUUGCAGAGCAUGAUCGUCUUCAAAGAACUACACGCCAUACCAUCAGUAUGGAAGAUUCCAAGGCCAUUGACCAUCCUCGUUGCCGAGGAUCUUGAAGUCGCAACGAUAUCUCUGCCGCCCUCGCCGGUCCUCCAUAUCCAAGGCAUCAUUUUCCUGGAGUACCUCCGUAUUCAGCGACCUCCUCGUGCGGCGUGGCCGAUGUCGACAGCACCGUCGAUAACAGCCCACCACUUCGACCCCUGCGCGCACUACCUGCGCCACUUUCCGUCGCCCAUGGACCCGCUCGCGCUCUACGGCAGAUCUCAGAGCGCCAUGGUGCCCCUCGCCGGAGCUUAA